AUGGAGCGACGCCCCAAGAGACUCCUCUCCGCUGUGGACAACGAUGACGAAGCACCUAUUUCAUUCCCGUCAGAGCUAUUGAACUCGAUAGACGAUCCAGAAUGGCACUCACCUACGAAAGCUCAACGGACGAUGGUGGCACCUGUGAAACCGCGAAGAAGAGGGGCGUUAUCUCAGAGUCGAAGCAAAGUCCAAACCAACGACAAUGGUGGGGACGAUUUGACAGGCUCAACUGCCGAGUGGCAUCAGCUUCCCACGAGACCUCGGCACGACGAGGUCUCUGAGGCUAUGCUCGAGCUCUUUGUGGACGCCAUCCACAGCUACACGGCGGGUUUCUACCACCUCCACGAACGACUCUUCGUAGUACAAGGGUGGGAUGUACGGCGUAACCAAGCUCUAGACAGUUGGUACCACCUCGAAUAUCUGUUCAUUAGCGAUGCAAUCCAUACUGUUUGUACCUGCCCACAUGGGAUGGAAGAUGAGGUUCUGUGCAUCCACAGGAGGUUUAUUGAGUCCUACGACGCCGGGUCUUUAGUCCAGAAGGGUAAUGAGAGUGAUACAGAAAUUGCAUCAGCCAUUCUGUUCCGCCAGCGCGCUAUUCCCAACUCCCAGGCAACACACUCGCUUUUCUCUGUCAAGAGUGUUUCCUCAGCAUCCCUGAAAGGCCGUGCUAUUGUUUCCCAUAAGGGGUCGUCUCCUGGAAGCGGCAUAUGGCGUUGUUCGAAGGAUCCAGGGUCCCAAACAUGCGCUCAUGUAAACAUGGCUCUCGCCCAGCUCACGGAACUGUACGGCGAACUUGGAGAGGCUGUAGAUGGAGAGCACGGGGUUGAGGUGACGGAUGCGCGUCAAAUUGAAGAUCUCGCACACUCAAAUCUUGUUUCCAUUUCACACGAACCCAUCCUUCCACCUGCCUGGGCUGUUCUCCCUACCGACAAAAGCCUGUACGAACGACCUUCUCCCUAUCGCCUCCCGCCAUCCACACCCAUCAAGUUGGAUUCAAAGUCGUCGUGCCCAUGUGCAGGCACCCGAACCUUCUACAACCCCGAACACGACACGAUCACACGCACCUGUCGAGUAUACACCCUCACCACAGUCUACGUUCACCAGAUCCAGCUCCAACGAUGCCCCCAGUGUCCCCCUUCGCGUCGACGCUUCAUCGGACCUGACCCUCGCCACGAGGGGCUCUUUAACUACAACAAUUCAGUCUUAGUCUCGCACGAGCUCCUCGACGAGUACACCAGUGCCUACACCUCUUCGGAAACACCUUUCACGGCAUGGGUGGUUCAAAUGCAGCGCCGAUACGACUUGUCCAACACUGUCUUCAUGGGGGAAGACCUUUUCAGGACGGUUUGGUUCGCAUAUGUGUCGCUCCAGGGCUGGGAGAACGAUAUGGCAUGCAAACGGUGUGGUCCCAGCCCCGAGACUGUGAUAUGGGAUGGCAUUACUGUUGCGUUUGGUCGCAAGCACGUCACUUCAUCCCUUCGUCCACCCACGGUCACCUCAGAAUCGUCCCUCGUCCGGAAGAACGUCAAGUACUUCCCCAAGCAGCAGCUCAUCGGUGAUCCGCAUCUUCGAAAGCUUAUCCGUGUUGUUUUGAAGGGUCCGGGCUUGGGCGAUGAGAAUGACGAUGAAAACGACCUGGCUCAACCCCCGACCACCUCUCCUUCCAGUGUCAGUCAGCAAGAGGCUCACAGGCGAGCAACUCUGGCACGCGAAUACCUGGAUCGAGUCUCAACAGUGGUGGACGGUCUUCGGGGGUCUUGCCCGGCGUUGGCAGACCUUUUUAGGCUCCAGUUCGGAGCUGUUGCUUUGGAGAGUGGACGUCUGGGCUCCAGUGUCUACAAAAACUUCUUCAAGCAGAUCGCAGCCGAAGAAUCUGUCCUCCAACUUGUCAAUUACCCAUCGCUGUUGGCUCUUCGGGAGUUUCUCACACACCCGGAAACAACAGACCUCACGUCGCUACUAUCCGUCCCGGCCGUCUAUACCCUCCUCAACCACCACACUACCAUGGAGGAGAUCAUUCCAAUCAUCCAAUGGAUUGAACGCGUCGCGCGUGAAACGCUGCGCAACCUGAUCGUUGAGGCACCGCUGCCUUCGAUUUCUCCGGAAGUGUCAACGAACCCAGGGACUGAAAAAGUUGAAGAAGAUUUGGACUGGAAAAAGACUGGGUGUCUCUAUGGCAUGCCAAAGAUUCGCAAUCGCCCAAAGUAUCCAGGCUUGCGUGGGGAUCAGCAGAAGGACAAGCCAGACAAACGACGAGGAGACCGGUGCGGGAAAUACUACUCCCAGUACGGGCAACGGCGCCUCACUGGGGGUAUCAUGGUUGCUUGGUGCACCCAUAGCAUUUGCUAUGGGUUCCAUUGCAUUGCGGAGAGUGAAGGCCGUGAUGAUGUCUUCUCCGCACUUGUUACCCGCUGGCCUAUAGCCCCUAAACGGGUGGUAUACGAUUUUGCUUGCGCGCUGGGACCAUACUGCAUGCUACGCGAACCGCUCUUUUUCGCUAACACACUGUUUGCUAUUGACCAUUUUCAUAGCACAGGCCAUUCGAAAUGCAGCCCUGCGUGCUUUCUCUCAGAAUACGCCAACGUCGACCCAAGGCUGGUUCCUAUCAACUCGAGCGCAGGCGAGUGCGGGAAUGGUGUUUUGAAGAGGAUUCGAAAGUCAGUUAGUUAUAUGUCGCAAACGAGGGCCAUCAUUUACACCAAGGUGUUCCUGUCUGCUUGGAACCGACAGCGUGCUCGAUUAGCUAUGUAG